CUGCUUUAAACACAACAAAACGAGGAAGUAACGGUUGGCGUGUCAACUGACGUCAACGUCAUGCAAUAGUGUAAAUUUCGUGUCAAAAAUGGUGUUUGACAUGAAACCAGUGAGUCCAGACCACUGCUCCAUAUUUGACUUGUCCACCCAAGAUGAGGCCUUAACAGGAUUUAAAGAAGUUAACUCCAUCCUAAAACAAAGUGGUGCUAACGGCGAGCCGGCCUCAGAAAAGUUUGAGGAUGAAGCGACCAAGGAUGUCAGAGAAGUCCCUGAUAAGAUGGCCUGCUCCGCCUGCAGAUGCUCCUUCAUGAACCGUGAAGAACAGAUGGAACACUAUAAGCUCGACUGGCAUCGAUUCAACUUGAGACUUAAGAUGUCAAGGAAGCCGCCAGUUACAGCUGAGGAAUUUGAGAGGAAGACUGGAGCUGGAGAUUUGUCAAGUAUCUCGGGUUCAGAGACUGACUCGGAGGAGGAGGAAUCAGAUGGGGAUGAGGGCGAAACGGGCCGGAGCGCGGCUGGCGGGGAUAAUGACAACUCGGAUGAUACUAGCUUAAUGACAGGAAGGCUCUCCAGCAAAGUGCUGUUCCAGGAUUCAGCGGGACAGUACCUGACAGUCUAUCGCUGCAUUCUAAAUGCAAAGUCAGAUGAAGAGCAAGGUUUGGAGGUCUGCUUAAAAUCCAUCGACAAGAGGACACUGUGGAUAAUCCUUAUGACAGGCGGUGGCCAUUUUGCGGGCGCUGUGUUCCAAGGGAAAGAAGUCCUUCAGCACAAGACCUUCCACCGAUACACUGUGCGCGCCAAGAGGGGCACCGGCCAAGGACUCAAGGAUUCUCAAAACCGGAGUCACGCACCAAAGUCUGCUGGAGCCACUCUGAGACGCUACAAUGAGGCAGCGCUUGUCAAGGACAUUCAGGAUCUCUUGGUGAACUGGAGCGAUCAUUUGAAGGAGGCAUCUGCCAUAUUUGUACGAGCCCCACGCUACAAUAAGGCUAUCUUCUUUGGCGGGCGCACAAGUCCACUAGACAAAAAGGACUCAAGAGUCCGCAGCAUUCCCUUCGCCACACGCAGGGCAACCUUUCGGGAAGUACAGCGGGUACACAAUGAGCUCGCCACAGUUCAUGUUUAUGGGAAGGACACUGACAUGUCCAGUUUCAGCAGCGUAUCAAAGAAGGCAUGGAAGAAGACUGACCAACCUGCAGCCUUACUGAGGACUGAACAAGAGAAAGAAGAGACCCAGAGCAGCUCAGAUGUGGAGGAAAGAGGUGAGAUCCAGUUUGAGAUGGUGGAGUCAACCAUUGGAACCCAGGACCUCAAGGAGUUUGACAUCCAACCCUCUAGACACCAUAGGAAGAGGUGGAGGAGGAGGAAGAAGAAGGUGGAGGAAGAGGAAAACAGAUGUGAAGAAAACGACGCGGGAGACGUCAGUAACGCAGAAGUAAACGACGUCGAUGAGGAAGAUGGCGCCGCUCAGCAGGCACAACCAAAGAACAAGAAUAGGAAGAAGAAACAACUGGAGGAAGCAACGGAGGAUUCAUCAUGUGAGUACAGCCUGAGGGAUGCCCUCUUCACAGCCUGCAAGGUUGGGGACGUAGCUGCCUUGUGCCAUCUCCUCCAUCUUUCCGAUGAGCCUCGGGAGCUGUCAGUUAGAGAGGCUGUAGACACCGACAGUCCUUUGACUAUUCUUAAUAAGCACAUUGACUCUUCGGGGUUCACUUUGCUGCAUGUUGCAUCAGCAGCUGCUCAGAAGGCUGUGGUCAGGCUGCUGCUGGAUGCUGGAGCUGACCCGGCAUGCAGUGAUUACAAAGGGCAGACCCCAUAUAACGUCAGCCCCGACAAGGACACGAGGAACGUGUUUCGUAAAUACAUGGGUGACAAUCCUGACAAGUAUGACUACAACAAGGCUCGGGUACCCGGGCCAUUAACGGCGGAGAUUGAAUCAAUGAAGACGGAGAAGAAAAAGGCUCAAAAGGCGCUGAAAAAAUUACGUGAGAAGACACAAAAGGAGGAGAAGAGACAACAGCAAAUGGAACUGGAGGAAAAGAAGAAGUUUGCAUCUUUAUCGGAUCGCGAAAAGAGAGCUUUGGCAGCUGAGAGGAGGUUGGCAGAACAAGUCGCUGCAACUGGAGCCAGCCUCUCCAACAUCAAGAGGUGCUGGCUGUGUGGAGAGUCUCUGCUUGGCAAGAUCCCAUUCCAGUACCUGGAUUUCUCCUUCUGCAGCCCUCGCUGCGUGCAAGCACAUCGCAAAGUUAAUACUCCAGCAGGAAAGAGCUAAAGACUCUAAAAGGAAGGUACUUCUUAUAUGGCUCUGCCCCUUUGAGGUUGGUCAAAGAUCAAGUGUAAUCACAGAUCUGUGUUGAGCACAGAAAGUACAGAUUUAAACCGCAUCUCUUUUGUAAAAAUACAUGAAUACUCUUGAUAAAAGAUUCAUUGUUACUCUCAGGGGUAAAACUAAAUUGUCAUUGCAUCAGUGUUGGACUGUCAAGUGCUAAACUAUGAAGAGCAAAACGGAGACACAAUGAUUAUUUGCAAACAAAUUUUAUUGGUUUGAACAUGAAA